AUGGGUUAUACAGAUCUAUCAGAAAGCGAAGUAGGUCAGAUAUUGCAGACUAUUUCACACGAAUUUGGUGGUACAACGUACAAUCUCUUGACCAGAAACUGUAAUCAUUUUACGGACGAAUUGUGUAAACGACUAACGGGAAAAACACCUCCCGGAUGGAUCAAUCGAGCUGCUAAGCUAGGCACCAUGUUCCCUUGUGUUAUACCGGACGAGUGGAUCGAGCCACCAGAAUUUGAAACAGAAAGUAAGUAG